AUGUCCCAUGACAACGACCGAGCGAGCAACCUCGACGCGCUGCAGUCCAGGAUCGACUCCCUGAACUCGAACGCGAACGACAAGUCGCUGCGUGAACUCGGAGCUGCCAUCUGGGACGAUCCGCAGUUCUUGGAGAAGUGGCAAGGGGCGCGGAAGCGACAGCUCACCAGCAUUCAAGAGGGCAAGGCCACGAAGGACUCGCGCAUCCAGGAGCUCGCGAAGAUGGUCAAGGAGCACCGCAGGGCCAUGGACGACAUGUGGCAGCGCAAGGAGAGGUUCCUGGAGCUCUGCAGGGCGUACGAGGACGCCACGGUGUCCGUCGUGGAGGCGGCUGCCGAGACCGCGCGCCGCGCUGCGCAGCAGCAGGCGCAGGCGCCCGCGUGCGCGUCGACCGCCGGGACGCACGAGAUGCGCGCGGAGAUGGCGCGGCUGCGCGCGGACCUCGCGCAGGCGCAGGCGGAGGCCAAGCAGAGGGAGCUCGUGCACGCGGCGGAGGCGGACCGCCUGCGGGCCGACGUGCGGCGCGCGGAGCGCGAGGGCGAGCGCAUGCACCAGGAGCGCGAGAUGGCCCGCGAGAUGCAGCGCCGCGCGGAGGGAGCCCGCCAGCAGGCGGAGUCGGACAUUCGGGCGAUGAAGAAGGACUGCAAGGACCAGGUGCGGAAGGCGGAGGCGGAGCGCGAGGCGGUGCAGCGGGAGCUGGACGAGGCGACGCGGCGGGCGGCGGCGGCGGAGCGGGAGGCGCGCGCGCACGCCGAGAGUCUCGAGACGCGGCUGGCGGCGGCGAAGGAGCGCGGGGACGCGCUGGAAGGGCGGUUGCGGGAGCUGGGGCGGGAGAUGGACGGGCUGGGCGAGGAGGUGGCGGGGCUGGCGGCGGAGCGCGACGGGCUGGCGGCGCGCGCGGCGGAGCUGGAGGAGGCGCUCGGGGCGGCGCAGGGCGAGGGGGCGGCGGCGGCGCGGCGGGCGAGCGAGCUGGAGGGUGCGCUGGCGACGGAGCAGGAGCGGGCGGCGGAGGCGCUGCGGGCGCUGGCGGCGGCGCAGAAGACGGCGGCGGAGACGGAGCGCGUGCUGCGGGAGCAGCUGGACGGCGUGCGGGAGGAGCUGGGGGGGCGUGUGGAGGAGCUUGAGUCAGGUCUGUCAAGGGAGCGCGAGGAGAGUCGGGCGCUGCGGGAGCGCGCGGACAUCGCGCGGGAGAGCGCGACGCAGGCGCUGGAGGCGGCGCGGGCCGAGGCCGCGGACGCGCGCGCGGAGGCGGCGGCGCUGAGGGAGGGCGCGGCCUCGCUGGACGCGGCGCUGGCGUGCCUGCGCGGCGAGAAGGAGGGCCUGGAGGGGCGGGCGAGCACGGCGGAGGCGCGCGUCGCGGAGCUCGAGGGGGCGCUGGAGGGGACGUCGGCGGAGCUGGCGGGGGCGCGGGCGGCGCUGGAGAGUGCGGAGAAGGCGCUGGGGGUGGCGCAGGCGGACGCGUCGGAGGCGGUGGGGGCGCUGGACGGGUGGAAGGGGCGCGCGGUGGGGGCGGAGGAGCGGCUGGAGCGGCUGGAGGCGGAGCUGGAGACGCUGAAGGAGGUGGCGGGGUGUCAGGAGGACGGCGGCGAUGUGGUGUCGAUGCUGAUUGGGCGCGUGGCGGAGCUGGAGGCGGCGGCGGCGGAGAACGAGGGGAAGCGGCGGAAGCUGCAGAACGAGGUGAUCGAGCUGAAGGGCAACAUCCGGGUGUUCUGCCGCGUGCGGCCGAGCACGGCGCGCGGGGCGUCGACGACGUGCCUGCCCGACGGUGUGGGCAUCAAGGUGCGGCAGCAGGGCAAGGAGCACGCGUUCGCGUACGACAGGGUGUUCGGGGAGGCGACGAGCCAGGACGCGGUGUUCGCGGAGGUGUCGGAGCUGGUGCAGUCGGCGCUGGACGGCUACAAGGUCUGCCUGUUCUCGUACGGUCAGACGGGGGCGGGGAAGACGCACACGAUGCUCGGGGUGCCGGAGAGCCCGAGCGCGAAGGGCAUCAUCCCGCGCGCGGUCGAGAAGAUCCUCGAUAGCGCGCAGCGCAUGCGGGCGCAGGGGUGGGCCUACACGUUCCAAGCGUCGUUCGUGGAGAUCUACAACGAGGCGCUGCGGGAUCUCCUGGCGCCCAAGGGGCAGAGCAAGAUCGACAACAAGCACCAGCCGAUCAAGCACGACACGCACACCAUCGUCGAGGGCGCCCGCCGCGAGGAGAUUGCGUGCUUCGAGGACGCGCUGGCGCUGAUUGCGCGCGCGGCGGAGACGCGCGAGACGAGCGCGACGGCGAUGAACGCGGUGUCGUCGCGGAGCCACUCGGUGUUCAUGCUGUACAUCACCGGCGCGCACGAGGCCACGGGGCUCCGUCUGACGGGCGCACUCAACCUGGUCGACCUGGCCGGGUCCGAGCGGCUCGACAAAAGCAAGGCCGAGGGGGCGCGGCAGAAGGAGGCGUGCGCGAUCAACAAGUCGCUCUCCGCGCUCGGGGACGUGUUCGCGGGCCUCGCGGCCAAGAACAGCCACAUUCCCUACCGCAACUCAAAGCUGACUCAGCUGCUGCAGCCGUGCCUGGGCGGCGACGGGAAGACGCUCAUGUUCGUGAACGUGAACCCGGACCCGGAGAGCGCGCACGAGACGCUGUGCUCGAUGCGGUUCGCGUCGCGCGUCAACACGUGCGAGACGGGGGCGCGCGGGGGGGCCAAGCGCAGCAUGACGACGGUGCCGGCGGCGGCGGGGACGGACGACGAGGCGCCGAGCGGGACGAAGAAGCGGCCCGCGACCGCCGGGCCGAGCGUGGCGGCCAAGCGCACGCGGUUCUGA